AUGGACCACCAUGCCCCCAGCCUGGACAACCAUGCCCCCAGCCUGGACAACCAUGCCUCCAGUCUGGACAGCCAUGUCCCCAGUCUGGACAACCAUGCCUCCAGUCUGGACAACCAUGUCCCCAGUCUGGACAACCAUGCCCCUAGCCUGGACAACCAUGCCCCCAGCCUGGACAACCAUGCCCCCAGUCUGGACAACCAUGCCCCCAGCCUGGACAACCAUGCCCCCAGUCUGGACAACCAUGCCCCCAGCCAUGACAACCAUGUCCCCAGUCUGGACAACCAUGCCUCCAGUCUGGACCAUCCAUACCCCAAGUCUUGA